CACACUACAAUGUUUCCACACGGACCCACUUCUAUGUUACUCUUUAAAUGCCUCGGUCUUAGCGCCGACUUGUAAAUACAGCUGUACUUUAUUUUAUACGUUUAUUUCACUUUAGUUUCAUUUGUGGUUCUUUAUAUCAAAGGGGAAGCAAUGAUGGUCCUGAGGUUUCUCCUUUUGAGACGCUUCUAGAAUCAUCCAGAAGCCAGGAUGCUCGAGAAGCCUUAUUCUGUCCCUGUGAAGUUCUCUCUCAGACAAGUGUACUACUGAAGAUGUCAGAGAAGCUGGAAGUGCUCUUGGUUGGAGAAGGAAACUUCUCCUUCUCGGUGGCUGUGUGUGAAUCCGGUGAUGCUAAGAGCAUAACCGCCUCCUGCUUACAAACCGAGCAGCAAUCCCUGGCUCAGGAGCAAGCAGCACACAACAUCCAGCUCCUCAGAGACCGAGGUUGCACGGUGCUUUUCGAGGUGGACUGCACACGUCUAAAUGAACACAAUGUCAUCCGGCACCUUGCCUACGACCGCAUCAUUUUCAAUUUUCCUCACUAUGGACGGAAAAGCGGCGUCAAGAAGAACCGCACUCUCUUAUCCAAAUUCUUCAUAAGCUGUGCUGAAGUGCUCAAGGCCGACGGAGAAGUGCAUGUGGCUUUAUGCAAUGGCCAAGGAGGCACUCCAUUUGACAACCCGAUAAGAGAAUGGCACAACAGUUGGCAGGCGGUCGCCAUGGCAGCCGAGGCUGGCCUCAUUCUCAGCGAGAUCCGUCCUUUUGAUCGCCACAGAUAUCAAGGAUACAAAUGCACGGGUUACAGGAGUCAAGAUAAAGGUUUUCGUGUGGAAGGUGGGCUGAACCAUGUUUUUACCCGGAGCUUGCCAUACACAAUGCCCAAGAAACUGAAAAUGGACACUGUAGUUGGGAAGGAGAUGGUUAGCUUUGAGCUUCCUGAGGAGUUGAGCGAAUACGUGAACAGGGAUUUCCUCAGUCGACAGUCACGCCAUCCUGUCAAACUGGUGCUGGAGCAGUUGCUCAGAGAGGUCAAAUCUUCAUGGCCUGUAUGUUCAGUGAGCGGCAACUUUCCAGAGUUGCUCAGUUGCUCCCAAGACAAACUCCAGGCAUGUGGCUCAAACCUGAGCUCCUCGGAAAUCUACUGGAUCAAGCCGAUUGACAAGGACUGUGAGCCAACCGAAGACCAGCAGUUCUCCAGUAGUAGCUAUAUGCUAAGGCCAUCUUUGUUAAUGCAUGCAGAGGAAAUUAUGCAGCGUGAGGAUUUUAGCCCCGGAACCAUCUAUGCGCUUAGUGGGUUGGUUUUUCAAAGAGCUCCCAUCACUCCAAACCGCUCCCCUGCUUACCAUCAGCUUUUUCUGAUUGCUGUUUUACCUUCUGAAUCCCAACCUGACCAGAUCCUUCAAAAUAACCUGGAGGCUCUUCUUGGUCCUUAUAAAGUCUCGUUUGAGAAGGAGGAGCUAGGUGAAGAGUGUCGAGUGAGGUUAAUUUCACAGGAACUCCACAAUUUUGGCCAAAUAACUUGCGUCCCCUAUCCUCGAUCUAAACUCCCACACUAUAAAAGCUCAAUAUUGACCUUGCUGCUAAAUCUGGAUCACCUUGUAACCCUGACCUUCUCAAUCCCUGACUGGCGCCUAAUGUGGACCUCGGACCCACGUUUCCUGGCAGGUUUUGAACCUGGUAUCCAAGUGCCUGCCACAUUUCAGCCAUUUUCGCUGUACCCACCGAGUUACACCCAUGACGUCAGUUUCUGGAUGGAGCCAGACACAUUUGACGAACUUGACUUUCACGAGGCAGUCCGCAUAGCCACGUGCGGAGCUGUAAAGGACAUACAGCUAGUAGACAGGUUCCGUCACCCCCACAUGGGACAUGCUAGCCUGUGCUACCGGUUAUCAUACCAGUCGCCAGAUCGUGCCCUGUCUCGCACCCGAGUGCUGGACCUGCAAAACCAGCUGCGCACACUGCUGCCUCUACGCUUGAACAUCACCCUGCGGUAGUCCAGGUAUUCUCGUGAAAGCGGAAACAUUACACAAGUACCUCAGUCUCAAUUAAACACAAGAUGAGCCAUACCAAUAAUGGUUACAUUAUUGGUAUGAUUUUAGAUUUGAUUUUACAUUAUUGGUAUGAUUUUAGAUUUGAUUUUAGACUUGGUCCAAAAUAUUUCAACAUCGAAUCAAACCAAUCCUUUUUCAUACUUAACACAAAUAGCCUUUUGUUUGUUUAUUUCAUUUUACAGGUCUUACUUUUUAUUACAGAGAUCAUAUUCAGGUCAAUGAACUGAUACAAGCUCAUUGGAUUAAACAAAUAUGCGUCUAAAUAAAACUAUCAUGUUUUCUUUUAAUGUUUUCAUACCAAGGCCUUAUUUCCUUAACAGAACAUUGGAGUAUUUUUCCACUUCUUGCUCUAUUUUAAAAGGACAAGCAAAACUAAUAACUUUGGUUCAUUUGCUAUUUGAUUCAUAUUUCAAGCCAUGGCUUUAAUAUAUGAUGAAAUAAUUGAUUUAAAUAAUAUUUUUAGUAGUAUUUUAGUUUUCUUUAGUCAUUACCCAGAACACAUCUUUACAUUCAAGCGGUAUUAAGUACCUUUUUAUGCUCUGGUCCACACCCAGAAUUGAUUCUGUGCUUGUUUAUUUUAUCUCUUCAUCGAAACAGAUUGUUUGCGCUAACUUGUUUUUACUGUUGCUGGAAUUGAUGCAUUAGUUAUUUCGUAGAGGCUUCUAUGUUCUAUUGAAUACCUUCUUUUGUUACUAUAACAAAAACGCAUUCGUCAGAGUGCAUGACCUCAACGUGUAUCAAGCCGGUAAUAAUCACUCGAUGUUUAUGCACCAAACCUAACGAGAACAUUGAAAUCUUUUUUAAAAAUUUUACUUAUCGACCCUUUAAUUUUCUUCUGGUUCUAAAAGUGAGUACGCUGCAUCAUGUACGCUGCAUCAUGUGACAAGUUUUAAUGACUUGAUCAUUGUUUAUUAUUUGACGAUUGGAUUAUAUUUAUGGAUCUGUUUAUGGUGAAUAUAAUACUGAAUAAAAUUUUAUAUCACUUCA